CAGCGGCGGGCUAGUCCUCUUGACGCUCUGUUCCGAGCGUGCCCUGGACCGCCAGCUCAGACCAGGGGCAGCCGUGUAGCUGAACGGAAGCUGCAGGCAGCGGGGACUGGUGCCCGACGCCGGAGGUCUGCGGGCGGGAAGCACCCAGGAUUUGGGAAGUCCCGGGAGCAGUGCGGCGGCGCCUCCUUGACCCAAGGGGCCGCGGUGACGGUCACGGGGUGCGGCGCCACCGUGCGCGACCCAGGCCAGGAUUCUAAAUAGCCCAGGCUCCUCCUCCUCCCGGGCCGCCUCACCUGCGGGCAUUGCCGCGCCGCCUCCGCCGGUGUAGACGGCACCUGCGCCGCCUCGCUCGCGGGUCUCCGCCCCUCGCCACCCCUCACGGCGCCAGGCCCGGGCAGCUCACCUGGACUGGCGCGGAGUGCGGGAGCCGGGUCGCUGAAGCGAGGCGCCCACGCCGCUGUCCGGAGAGGACGCAGGUGGAGCGGGCACGACUUCGCGGAACCCGGCGCCGGCCUCCGCCGUCCUCCCAGCCGACACCGAGUCCCGGGGACCCGGCCGCCCGUGCCCGAGGAGGAGCCGCCGCCGCCGGCUGGACACCAUGAACAGCAGCGCCAACAUCACCUACGCCAGUCGCAAGCGGCGGAAGCCGGUGCAGAAAACAGUAAAGCCAAUCCCAGCUGAAGGAAUCAAGUCAAAUCCUUCCAAGCGGCAUAGAGACCGACUUAAUACAGAGUUGGACCGUUUGGCUAGCCUGCUGCCUUUCCCACAAGAUGUUAUUAAUAAGUUGGACAAACUUUCAGUUCUUAGGCUCAGUGUCAGUUACCUGAGAGCCAAGAGCUUCUUUGAUGUUGCAUUAAAAUCCUCCCCAGCUGAAAGAAAUGAAGGCCAGGAUAACUGUAGAACAGCAAAUUUCAGAGAAGGCCUGAACUUACGAGAAGGAGAAUUCUUAUUACAGGCUCUGAAUGGCUUUGUAUUAGUUGUCACUACAGAUGCUUUGGUCUUUUAUGCCUCCUCUACUAUACAGGAUUAUUUAGGGUUUCAGCAGUCCGAUGUCAUACAUCAGAGUGUUUAUGAACUUAUCCAUACAGAAGACCGAGCUGAAUUUCAGCGUCAACUACACUGGGCAUUAAAUCCUUCUCAGUGUACAGAGUCUGGACAAAGAAUUGAAGAAGCUCCUGGUCUCCCCCAGCCAGUAGUCUGUUAUAACGCAGACCAGCUUCCUCCAGAAAACUCUCCUUUUAUGGAGAGGUGCUUCAUAUGUCGUCUAAGGUGUCUGCUGGAUAAUUCAUCUGGUUUUCUGGCAAUGAAUUUCCAAGGGAGGUUAAAGUAUCUUCAUGGACAAAAAAAGAAAGGGAAAGAUGGAUCAAUACUUCCACCUCAAUUGGCUUUGUUUGCAAUAGCUAGUCCACUUCAGCCACCAUCCAUACUUGAAAUCCGGACCAAAAAUUUUAUCUUUAGAACUAAACACAAACUAGACUUCACACCUAUUGGUUGUGAUGCCAAAGGAAAAAUUGUUUUAGGAUAUACUGAAGCAGAGCUGUGCACAAGAGGAUCAGGAUAUCAGUUUCUUCAUGCUGCUGACAUGCUUUAUUGUGCCGAGUCCCAUAUCCGGAUGAUUAAGACUGGAGAAAGUGGCAUGAUAGUUUUCCGACUUCUUACAAAAAACAAUCGAUGGGCAUGGGUCCAGUCUAAUGCACGCUUGCUUUAUAAAAAUGGAAGACCGGAUUAUAUCAUUGCAACUCAGAGACCGCUGACAGAUGAGGAAGGAAAUGAGCAUUUACGAAAACGAAAUAUGAAGUUGCCUUUUAUGUUUACCACUGGAGAAGCUGUAUUAUAUGAGGUAACCAACCCUUUUCCUGCCAUAAUGGAUCCCUUACCACUAAGGACUAAAAAUGGCACGAGUGGAAAAGAUUCUGCUACCAAAUCAACUCUAAACAAGGAGUCUCUCAAUCCUAGUUCCCUCCUGGCUGCCAUGAUGCAACAAGAUGAGUCUAUUUAUCUCUAUCCUGCUUCAAGUACUUCAUGUGCUGCACCUUUUGAAAACAAUUGUUUUAAUGAAUCUAUGAAUGAAUGCAGAAAUUGGCAAGAUAAUACUACAUCAAUGGGAAAUGAUACUAUCCUGAAACAUGAGCAAAUUGACCAGUCUCAGGAUGUAAACUCAUUUGCUGGAGGUCACCCAGGGCUCUUUCAAGAUAGUAAAAACAGUGACUUAUACAGCAUUAUGAAAAACCUAGGCAUUGAUCUUGAAGACAUCAAACACAUGCAGAAUGAAAAAUUUUUCAGAAAUGAUUUUUCUGGUGAGGUUGACUUCAGAGACAUUGACCUAACAGAUGAAAUCCUGACAUAUAUCCAAGAUUCUUUAAAUAAGUCUGCCUUCGUACCUUCAGAUUACCAACAGCAACAGUCCCUGGCCCUGAAUUCAAGCUGUAUGGUACAGGAACACCUACAGCUGGAACAGCAACAGCAGCAACAGCAUCACCAAGUAGUAGCGGAGCCACAGCAACAACUGUGUCAGAAAAUGAAGCAUAUGCAAGUUAAUGGCAUGUUUGCAAACUGGAACUCUAACCAAUUCGUGCCUUUCAGUUGUCCUCAGCAAGACCUCCAACAGUAUAAUGUCUUUUCAGAUGUGCAUGGGAUCAAUCAAGAGUUUCCCUACAAAUCUGAAAUUGAUCCUAUGCCUUAUACACAGAACUUUAUUUCCUGUAAUCAGCCUGUAUUACCACAACAUUCCAAAUGUACAGAGCUGGACUAUCCUAUGGGGAGUUUUGAACCAUCCCCAUACCCCACUACUUCUAGUUUAGAAGAAUUUGUCACUUGUUUACAAGUUCCUGAAAACCAAAACCAUGGAUUAAAUCCACAGUCAGCCAUAGUAACCCCUCAGACAUGUUAUGCCGGGUCUGUGUCGAUGUAUCAGUGCCAGCCAGAACCUCAGCACACCCAUGUGGGUCAGAUGCAGUACAGUCCAGUACUGCCAGGUCAACAGGCAUUUUUAAACAAGUUUCAGAAUGGAGUUUUAAAUGAAACAUAUCCAGCUGAAUUAAAUAGCAUAAAUAACACUCAGACUACUACACAUCUUCAGCCACUUCAUCAUCCAUCAGAAGCCACACCUUUUCCUGAUUUGACAUCAAGUGGAUUCCUGUAAUUCCAAGCCCAGUUUUGACCCUGGUUUUUGGAUUCAAGUAGUUUGUAAAGGAUUGGAAUAAUAAAACUGUCACUGUUGGACGUCAGCAAGUUCACAUGGAGGCAUUGAUGCAUGCUCUUCACAAUUCUUCCAAACAAAUUUUAAUUUCUGUUUUUAGAAAAGGAAUUUUCAAAAUGAUAUCAAAAUUACAUAUACUGUAGUCAUUAGUGUAGAAAGUGUGCUGCCACAGAGUAGUGAGAUACUAUCUACAGUUCACAUUAUUCUGAGCAUCACAAAAUAUGCAAAACUUAUUCAGGGAAACUUGAAGACUCUUCUAAAUUAGAAAACAUUCUCUAUUUGAAUUAUUUCUGUCAGAAUAAAAAUAAAAUACUUUGAGUUUUGAACUUCUGGAUUCUUAUUAGUUUUCCAAAUACAAAGUUAUAGAACUAAACUCAUUUUUCCUAUCAUUUUAGCCUCUGCUUUUAUCUUGGAUGUUAAAAGAAAUGAUUUGGUGCUUUUUAUAAAAAGAUAAUCUCAGUGCUUUCCUCCUUCACUGUUAAUCUAAGUGCCUCACACUUUUCUACCUAUAACACUGUAGGAUGUAUAUUUUAUAUAAAGUAUUCUUUUUCUUUUUUAAAUUAUUUUCUGUGCACAAAUAUUCUUUGUAUUUCCUAAAUCCAACCAUUUUAUUCUGGCCUGUUUUAACUGUCCUAUUCCCCUACUUACUUCAGGUAAAGGGCAAAUAAUGAUUGAAAAAAUAAUUAUUUAUUUCAUAAUUUAGUUGUUUCUAGACUAUAAAUGUUGCUAUGUGCCUUAUGUUGAAAAAAUUUUAAAGUAAAAUGUCUUUCCAAAUUAUUUCUUAAUUAUUAUAUAAUAGCACUUAAAUUCUUCAACAGUGUUUUCAGAAGAAAUAAAUAUACCACUGUUUAUCUUUAUUGAAAUUUCCAUGAUGAUAGUUGAAUGUUGCAAUAUGAAAAACCUGCUGUUAACUGCAACCAUGUUUAUUAAAUUGCAAGAAGCUUUAUUUCUAGCUUUUUAAUUCUAUUAAGCAAAGCACCCAUUUCAAUGUGUAUAAAUUGUCUUUAAAAACUGUUUUAGGUCUAUAAUCCUUGAUAAUAUAUUGUGUUGACUUUAUAAAUUUCGCUUCCUAGAACAGUGGAAACUAUUUGUUUUUCUCAUAUUUGAGGAGUGUUAAGAUUGCCGGUAGCAAUGUUUGGUGCAAAGUAUUGUAAUGAGUGAAUUGAAUGGUGCAUUGUAUAGAUAGAAUGAACAAAGUUAUUUGUAAGAUAUAUGCAGUUUUUCGUUUUAAGAAGUCCAUACCUUAUAUAUGCACUUAAAUAAUUUGUUGGGUCUUUACAUCCUUUAUCAAUGUGUCUUUCUAAGAAAUCAAGUAAUAAAUCCAACUGCUUUAACAUAGUUCCUUUACGUACAAACAUUAGGUUGUUUUUAAUGAUACAAUGAUUUUCAUUACCAAUAGGCAAAUUAAUCAUUUUAUUAACUUUACUGUCCUGAAAUGAUUUAAAAG